UUUCCACCACACGUCCCAUAGUGAUUUACCGCUGACAGCAAAGCAGCGUACCGAACCCGUCUGUUCGCGUUCAGAGUAGCCAAGUAAACAACGCGCCACACGGACAGCGACGAAUUUAGAACAUGGAGAAACGAAAAGACUCACUUAGGAUAAUCGCACAAGCGCUGAGCAGCUACCGUGCCGAGGAGAUGUUCAUAUCGUUCAACGGGGGCAAAGACUGUACGGUGCUGUUAGACCUAAUCCACCAAGCAAACCUGAAGGAUGCGAAAAAGAUCAAAUGUAUCUACGUUCGUCCCUUGAACCCUUUCAGCGAGAUCGAGGAGUUCGUGGACCGGUGCCGGCAGCACUACGGCAUCACGAUAGCGACGGUGGACGGUGGCAUCAAGGCGGCGCUCGAGCAGAUCUGCCGGGCGGAUCCACAGCUGAAGGCCUGCAUCAUGGGGUCCCGCCGGUCCGAUCCGUACUGUGAGCGGUUAGCGUCGUUUCAGGUAAGCCCUUGCUUGCGUAGCAGUGUCCCCGCUCGUUUGGCGCGCGUUGUUUGCUGUCCCUGUCUGUCCGACGAUUGCGUAAUCCAUUUCCGCGUUUGCACACACAUCACUUAUCGGACCGGACUUGAUCAUGAUUCCGCGCGCUGUUUGCUGCUGAUGAUGGUAAUGACUGUACAUUCAGGAAACGGACCCGGGGUGGCCUCGAUUGAUGCGCAUCAAUCCACUGCUCGAAUGGACCUGCGAGGACAUCUGGAGCUACAUCCGGGAACACAACGUACCGUACUGUGCGCUGUACGAUAGAGGGUAAAAUUCGUGAUUCCGUUCACACUAUGUGACGUGACGUGAUAGAGUCCCUCCUACCCAUUCUAGCUACACUUCGAUCGGCGAUCGAACGAACACAAUUCCAAACCCUCACCUGAAGGUGGAAGCGGACAGCAGUGGGGAAGAAGUGACUUACCUGCCGGCGUACACGUUGCAGGACGCGGACAAGUAUGAGCGGGCGGGCCGGCUCUAACACCCCCUUCCGGUGCCCCGUGGUGCCUUUUGGUAUGGCUUCGAGGAGGAAAAGACAUAAUUAAGCUGCCCUCCACGACAAAGCAGCGUGAAGAUAAGGGCUGGUCGUCCCUUGUAUCGCUUGAACGGGUGAAUUUAUGGCUGUUGCUUAGCAACAUGACACUUACACACUAACACACUUACACUUACACUUUCCUUUAAUGUUGUCCCCUCUCCCCACACACGAACAAUACGCUGUAACACAAAACCGGUGGGGGUGGGGGAUGACAACACACUGUUAAACUGUUUUACAAAAACUCUAGCCCAAAUGACUAAACGUUUCUUGGAUUUUUCUGUGAAGAAAAGUUUUUUUUUUAUUUUUUA